AUGGCUAAGCCCAGUUUUGAUGUCAAGACGGCCAUCGCCUUGUUGCCCGUCAUGACGGGGCAGGAGGAUACCACUAAACAAUUAAUAGACGGUAUUCUAAUGUACAGUUCCAUUAUUAAUAGCGAAACUCAACAGGUUUUAAUAGACUUCGUCCUAAAAACAAGACUUUCAUCUAGCGCUAAGCUCAGAUUAAAGACGUCAUAUAGUAGCGUAGAAUUACUUGUCACGGAUAUGCGCACAUUUUUACUACCUAAAAAAUCGUCCGAAUCGAUUCAGGCUCAACUAUACAGAGCUAGGCAAGGUAGGAGAACUAUAGAGGCAUUCGGAGCCGAGAUCGAGGAUCUUUUCGUCAACCUGACCAUAUCUCAGGCCGACGGUAACGAUAGCAGGUACGAUAUACUUCGUCCGCUGAACGAGAAAUCAGCCAUUAAACGGUUUGCAGACGGUCUAGCAGACCCAAAAUUAAGCACAAUAAUAUCAUCUAGGCAAUUUGCGUCAUUGCCCGAAGCAAUCAGGACGGCCAUUGACGAGCACAGCUCAUCACCACAACAGGAUCAGGUCCUACAUUAUGGACGGGGACAUUCUCGCGACAAGCUUACCACAACAAACUUGCUGGAGCACAAAAUUAACUUAAAAGAAAAUACAAGCCCAGUAUACGUAAAACCUUACAGGAUACCACAUGCCUUACGCAAAGAACUUCAAACGCAGAUCCAAGAUAUGCUAGAUAACGACAUAAUAGAAGAGACUACUUCCGAGUGGUCCAGCCCAGUUUUGCUUGUUCCUAAAAAGAGUGAUAAGUUAGGAGAAAAGAAAUGGAGAUUGGUUGUCGACUACAGGCAACUAAAUAAUAGAAUACAGGAUGAUAAAUUCCCAUUGCCCAACAUAACAGAAAUAUUAGAUUCCCUAGCAGGCCGAAUGAAUAGCAAACGUGCUCUGGGUGGGGCACGUGAGUUGGUCAAACGCGGUGAAGAGGUCUGCUGGCGGCAGUCCACAUGGCUUAUGGCCGCACAACAGGAAGACAUCACAUCUGGUCGCUAUCCUCAGCAAUGA